AUGAUAGGACGAGAAUACUUGAAGCCAGUCCGCUAUCCUGUGAUUGGAUUCACCGGGGCGUCUGUAACUCCAGAGGGUUUGGUGAGCCUCCCGGUCCGGAUAGGAGACGGCAAUGAAGUCCGGGAUAUCAUGACUGAAUUUCUGGUGGUAGACGUCCCUGGAGCCUACAACGCCAUAGUGGGACGCCCUCUGAUACAUGAUGUCCAAGGUGUCGUUUCCACUUAUCAUCUGACAAUGCUGUAUGUCACUAAUGAAGGGAUGACAGCUAAGCUGAGGGGGAACCAGGAGGCAGCAAAGUCAUGCUAUUUGACAACCUUGAAGCAGCCAGCUAGGAGGAUGCCAGUGGAAGAAGCAAAUCCACCCGGGAGAAAGCAAAGAAGGGCUCAAAGAAGGGCCGCGAUGAAUGAACAAGGAGAGAAAGGGUCAGAAAAAGAUAAGGAGGAAAUGAUGGAAAUAUCAAUGGAGGAGUUAGAGGCCAGGCCAGAGGAUACGCCAAGGCCGAAGCCUGAUGGGGAAACUCAACAAGAAAUGCUAGCAGAGGAUCCGGCGAGGACGGUGGCUGUAGGGACGGAUAUAGAUCCGGAGGUGAGGGUCAAUUUGGUAGCACUCUUAAGAGAGAAUGCAGACGUCUUCGCGUUCUCCGCUGAUGAGAUGCCAGGGAUAGAUCCCUCUGUAAUUGUCCAUCGCUUAAAUGUGGAUGGUGCCGUCCGCCAUCAAGCAGAAGAAAAGAAAUUUUUCGGCAGACAAGAAUAA